GCGCACACACAAAACGUCGAUAGGGGAAUCGUAUCAGAUUGUCCGACUCAUCGGAUGCUCCACGACCCACAAUCUUGCCUUUUUUGCUGCGAUGCGCAGUCGCAACAAGUCAUCUUGUGGCAGUAUCCACGCUUUACCAAUGACGGCGUCAUUCCUCGGGUAGUGCAUUGAUGCGCUACCGCUUUGAUUAAUCAUUAAGUUCAGUGAUUUAGUGGGUCGUCGUUGACUCAGCUACUGGCCACGGAGUCUCGCGGCAAGUAUAUGAAGCUGACAGACGUGCGGCUGGUCCGAUCCUGCGUCCAAGAUAUCUCCCAUCAUGCCUUCAUUUCUUGUUGUAGGAGGAAGCAGAGGUAUUGGCCUCGCACUUGUGGAGGAACUGCUGAAGGACCCGGACAACUUCGUCAUUACCACUGCCCGAGAUCUCAGUCAAUCCCCUGGCCUGCGUGCUCUGACAUCUAAGUAUCCGAAGGAUCGGCUGGUAGUCCUCGUCUUGGAUCUAGCGCACAGGGAGACGGUUGAAAGGGCUGGGGAGGAAGCAACGACUCUGCUUCCGAACGGACUUGACUGCCUGAUUCAUAAUUCCGCGAUCAACCUCAGGCCGGUGGGCCCCUUCGAGGAGAUGGACCUCGACCAACUCGAAGAAGAGCUGCGUAUCAAUACCAUAGCUCCUAUUCACGCUCUUCGCACCUUCCUUCCUCUUAUUCGCAAGUCGAAAGCGCAGGACAGGAAGAUCAUCUUCAUGAGCUCUGGCCUCGCGUCGAUCGAGAAUGGCUUUUUCUGGGCUGGACUCAGCGAAGGAUACUCGGUAUCGAAGGCUGGCUUGAACAUGGUCGUUCGCAAGUGGGGAGCUGCCCUCAAGCAGGAAGGCAUCGCAACGUUUGCCUUGCAGCCGGGCUAUGUCGACACAGACAUGGGGCAAGGGCUCAGUUCGUGGAUUCAAGAGCAUGCGGCGUGGGUGCCGAUGAUGAGCCCAAACGACUGUGCGGCGCAAUGUCUCAAAGUCGUGAGAGAAGUCAAGUUGGAGGAUGCGGUCGCGUUCUAUAGCUUCGAGGGUAAACGGGAGCCGUGGUGACCAGAAUUCAGGCGAAUGAGGUAUGCCACGUCUCCCCUUCGAGAAAUUGAACU